GCGACGCAUGGUUGUAGGUUGUUUGGUUGGUAGCGGAACAGAGAGGGAAGGAGAGCUGCGCUCAUUUAAUUUUAUUGUAACUUCUUACUUGUUUGCACCAUCAAACGAUAUGCUGAUGGCUAGUGCAAACGGGGAAGACAUCAGGAAUGGUCGCAGGUCUCGAAGGCCUAGCCCAAAUGGACAGUUUAGUGACGAUGAAAGCGGGUCUGAUUCAAGCGAAGAUAAUGGCAUGCGCAUUGGAGAGGAAUAUCAAGCAGUUGUCCAGGACUACAAAGACAUCAAGAUAGAAUCCAAACACAAAGCACUUCUCAUAUGGAGGCCUGAUGAUAAGAACGUAGAUGCCAAAUAUCUUCAUCAACUUGCAGUGGAAGAGUACCUGAGAAUCGCCAAAGAGAUGUAUGGAUACAACAUGGAACAGGCUCUGGGCAUGCUGUUCUGGCACAAACACAACUUAGAGAAGGCAUUAGCAGACCUGCCCAACUUCACUCCUUUCCCAGAUGAAUGGACAGUUGAGGAUAAGGUGCUAUUUGAACAAGCAUUUGGGUUCCAUGGAAAAAGCUUUCACAGAAUUAAGCAGAUGCUUCCGGAUAAAACUAUCUCCAGUCUGGUGAAGUACUAUUACUACUGGAAAAAAACUCGUUCUCGCACGAGUGUUAUGGAUCGCCAUCUGAGAAAGCUGGGAAGCCAGGCAGGCAGCGAUGAGUCGGCGAGCGACAGCGAUAUGGAAUGUUAUGACAAGGUGAAGAAGACAAAGUCUGAGGUAAAACCAGAAGACAGUGUUGCCGGCAAGUCGGAUGAGAAGGCUGAGGAGGGCAGUACUGUGGGUGGCAAAGGAACCUGUUCAAACUGCUCGGCAAUUGUCUCGCAGGUCCAUUCCACCCCCCGAGGAUCCCUGUGCAAUUCCUGCUAUCAGUACUGGAGACGCACAGGUUUGAUGCGGUCCAGUCAGGGUCCGGCACGCCGAUUGGAGUCGCAGGGUCCGACAUCCCGCCACAACCCGGUCAAGAUCAAGCGCAAGCCGCCGCGCGGAAUGCACCUUGCCAAAGAGGACCUGCUGCUGCUGACCACUGGUCCCAGCAGCCAGUCUGAGGCCCUGCUAAAGCAGCUAGAAACGGAGGUUGUCUCUCUGAAAACACAGGCCCAGUACAACAAGCAGAUUAUAAGCUCACAAAAGCAGAAGUUGGCAGCAGGGAUCGACGUGUACAGACCACCAGAUGUUGAAGCUAAACCGAACCAGCGCUGGACUAAUGAGGAAUUACUGCUGGCUGUACAAGGCGUCAGGAGAUACGGCAAGGAUUUCCAGGCAAUUGCCGAGACAAUUGGUAACAAGAGUGCAGCACACAUUCGCAGCUUCUUCAUUAACCACCGGCGACGUUACAAUCUUGAUGAAGUUGUGAAGGAGUAUGAGGCUGAAUACGGACCCAUGGAGAAGAUGGGAGACGAGGAAGAUGAGGACAAAGAAAAGGAAGAUGACGAGAAAGAGAAGGAAGAGAAGAUGGAAACUUCACAGGGUUCUGGCACUUCGAGUCCGGCCCCACAUGCUAAUGCAGCAGUCGUGGCUGCUACUGCUGCUGCUACUACUGCUGCUGCUGCUGCUACUACUGCUGCUGCUGCUACUGCUGCUGGUGGUGGCAGUGGUGGUGGUGCUGCUGGUAGUGGUGGUGGUGGUGGUAGUGGUGGUGGUGGUGGUACACCAGUAGCACCCCCUCCUCUGAAGCACACCCAGCCAGGAGUGCUACGAGGCCCCCCACCACUGCAGCAACAACCCUAUCAUCACCAAUAUCAAAGGCUUCUUCCACCAAGACCAGGACUUCUGCAUAUGCCACCACCCUUGGUGAGACCGAAUGGAGCCCCUGCACCAGCGCACACAACUAAAGCCCCUCAGCAAUAACCUUGUAGAGGUCAAGUAACUUCUCAACUCCUGUCCACUCACCCCUUUGUUUUUUGUUUGUUUUUUUGGUUUCAUUUACUACUUUUACCGGAUUAUUUAUGUUACGCUAAAACGCUGAAAUCUUGAAAGCAGCUACAGAUAUUGUGUGCAAAGUACCUAUGAAGGCGAUGUAUCAGAUAUAGUUUUUAUUUAAUAAGCUUAAAAACUAGGAAAAAUCUAUCUAAAACGUAUUACCCUUGUACAUGAGCUGAAUCCAGUACGGUAUAACAAAUUGUAUUCAGCUCUUUUCACAUGGAUAUCUGUUGUUCUUCUUAAAGCUUUGAACAAAAUUUGUGCAAGAUUGCCCAAUUAUAUAUGAACCAUUGAGUUGGUGGGCUCAGUAGUUCAGCAGACCUUGCAUGGUUGCUCUCAACACCGAAAGCUACAAACAAAAUUUAAAUAUUGGUAGGCACAAAAUAGAACACUGGAAGUAACAAAAGCAGUGAUUAAUGGACACAGGUUAGGGGUAAAUAGUGCCACUGGAGUUUUUAUUGCUUAUCGAUUUAAAUGUGUAUUUUGCUGUCUUCAUUCACUGAGGAGGGGUAGAGAGGAGUGGGCAUAUUUAACAUUUAAAAUAUUGUAAAUAUUAUGUUGAACAUACGUCAAGAGUGAUGUAGUGUUUUAUUUUUCUUCUUAAGACUCAUCACAAUUAUGGUGAUUUGUACCAGAAUCGUGACGCUAUUCUAGAAUUUUCCGUCUGCGAUGUAACUGGCCAAUAGCGGAAACACCGUUUUGUUAAGAGCAAGUAUCAAUAGGCAGUAGAAAUGGUGUGCAGUACCAGCAUGAACUGUACAUCCCAGAACACGUAUCAGGAGUUAUGAGAAUACAUGUAUUCUGUAGCCAUUUUAUUGGUGAUUGUUGAUUCACUUAACAUUGUUCCUAGCUAUAUGUAUCAUUAUGUUUGCAUUAGAGCAGUGUGUUAUGUGAUGAGGAUUUUCUGGGGAAACGUUUUUUGUGAUGUGCUAGUGUAUCCGACAAACUGGUUGUUCAGUACUACUGGUUUACUGAUAUUAUAUGUGUGUGCGUGUGUACGUUAAUAAUUUAACGUUCAUUUUCUACUAUUCACUAUUAGAAAAACACAAAACUAAUUUCUGGUUCAACAGAUGAUAACAAACUGUGUAGCUUGCUACUGCGUUUUUACACUUUACUUAAUAAAUUCUAGAAGUGAGAAUAAAUAUCGGGUCUUCGAGUGAAUAAAUUAGAGGUGAUGUAACAUUU